GGCUGGAUACCACCCGUGCGUAAAAGCUAUUUUGGAGGGGCAUCUGGAUAUCCAAAAAGUGGCGUUUUUGAAACAAUCCAUGCGUAAAAAUGAUCACGGGCGGAAUCCAUUGCAUCUGAAGAAAACAGAAGAGACAAUCGGCGCAAGAAGCUGACUUCUUCUCAGUGUGGCUUUUACGCCUGACAGUCCCAAGUUUUCUCUAUGAGAUCCUCGUACGACCCUGCUCUCGCAGCCGUGGACGUCAAGAAGUCGCCAGAAUCACAGGUCAAAGAGUUCCUUAUCUGUUUCGUAGAUUCUAGCCAUGUGUUCAUUCAGUAGUUGGAGAUAAGUCUGCAGCAAAAGCCUGAGGUUGCAGGGAGAGAAAGAGGUGUGUCUGUGCGCUCUGGCUCUAUAGCCCGACCAGACGACAGAAGUCGGGUUUUUUGGGGAACGAGAGGGAAGGAGAAACGCUUCUCCAAGGAUGACUUUAGGGACGGAUAUGUCCGACAGCUCUGCAUUGUCCGAAGAUGUGGACAUCGAUGUUGUUGGAGGGGACAUAACCGUCGGGAAAGACGGAAAAUACAUUCACCACGAGUUCAACUUGGACAAUGAUUCGGACGAUAAUUACUCCCAGAAUACGGCCGACAGGGUUUCCUCUCCCGGGCUCAGCAGUUCCGACUGUCCGUCAGACCAGCUGGGAUCCAGCGCAGAGGCUGGGACUGUGAUCGGGGACAAACCCAGGAAAAGUGCGCUGGUGAAACCCCCCUACUCUUACAUCGCCCUGAUCACCAUGGCCAUCCUGCAGAGCCCCAAGAAACGUCUCACUCUCAGCGAGAUCUGCGAGUUUAUCAGCAGUAGAUUUCCUUACUACCGGGAAAAAUUCCCCGCUUGGCAAAACUCUAUUCGCCACAACCUUUCCCUAAACGACUGCUUUGUGAAAAUCCCUCGGGAGCCCGGCAACCCCGGAAAGGGCAACUACUGGACCCUGGACCCGGACUCCGCAGACAUGUUCGACAACGGCAGCUUCUUGCGCAGAAGGAAACGCUUCAAGAGGCACCAAAACACCGAAAUCCUCAGGGACUCCGGCGGCUUUCUACCAGGGUUUGGAUACGGACCAUAUGGAUACAACUAUGGACUUCAGCUGCAGAACUUUCACGCAGCCCACAACCCGUAUCACCCACACCACACAGGCGGCUCAUUCCCGUUCCCCAAUGCGCCCUGCACCUUGCCUUCAUCAGCCACUAUAUUCCCCGCGCCACAUCACCUGCCCUCACUUUUAGGGGCCGAUUUAAGAAAGACUUUUUACCCUCAACUGAGCCCUUCUCUGCCCCCCCUCAAGACGGACUCCAGCACCCCGAGUCGACCAUCAUUCUCCAUUGAUAAUAUCAUCGGAGCAGCCAACUCCAGCAGCUCUUCAUACAGCGCGCAGACGGGCAGCCAGGCUCAGAUCCUGGCCAUGCUGACCCCGGCACUCACCUCCGCUUCCACCCACUUGAACUUAUCACAGGACAACAUAUUACAGCCAAGCCCCCAAAGUCAGUCCUUUCCCAACAAAACCCCGACUAUGAACACGUGUCCAUAUUAAAGAAAAAGAGAGAUAGAGAAAAACACAGACAAAAAAAACUAUGUAUAUAUGUGACAUCGUCCAGCGUGAAGGUAGGGUGCACUUUCUUGCUGAAGUAAGAGUCUUUUUAAGCUCUCCAAGUUUCCUAACAAUGUAAGAUGAGAGCUACGUUUAUUUAUGACUUGUACAUAUGUAUUAUACUGAGAGACAGAAGCAGAAGCAACUUGGAGAAAGAUCUAAAAAAAACAAACCCCAACAAAACAAAAAACGCUGGUCUGCAACCUGGUGCGGCCUUCAUUUUGAAUGAAGAAGAAGCGGAUUCGAAUAAGUUAAAGCUUUCAUCAAUGACCACGGGAAUAAUUUCCAUUUUUUAUAAAUAUAACUGAGAAGUUUAUUAUGAUUCAUAUUGUUUAUUUUGUGCGUCGUGAGAAAGUGGCACUGUUGUAUUUUAGGCUGACAAGAGACGGCAAACUCAGGUUUUACUUAGAAAGCACAUGGAGCCAAAGGGGUGUUUCUAACAUAUAAAGAAAAAAAAUCCACUCUCACUCCCCUUGAAUCUCUUUUACAUGGUGAACUUGUGAUAAAGAAUCAUUUCACGCUGCCAGUGGACACGUAGAUUGUGUGAUUUUUCGUAUUACACGGUGUAAUACCUAUCUCGAUCGUUUAAUUGUUCGUCCCUCCCUAUUCACAAUUUAAUCUGUGAAGCAUACCAUUUGUCAUGUGUUGUCAAUAGAUAAACACUUAAAUGUUCAUAGGUCAUUUUUUGUUGUAAUGACGAGAUUAAUAAAUGUUUGUGAAUUUAAAAAGAGAAAAA